AUGAAACCCGAGUACGAUCUUGAUUAUCUUCCUAAUCAAACCUUUUAUGGAGAUUAUUCAAAAUCUAUUCCCAUGAACAAAAACUCCCAAAUCAUAACCAAGAUCAAGCCUAAGAUCCGUAUCAUCCAUAUAUUUGCACCGGAGAUCAUCAACACCGACGUCAAAAACUUCCGUCCACUCGUCCAAAGCCUGACCGGAAAACCCGAGAAGAAAAAGACAACCAAAACAAAAUUUCCCGCGCCACCGCCUUUGCCUCAAGAAUCCGGCCAAGAACAGAGGGCGGAGUUGGUCAACGGGAGCCAUACGGUGAAGGAGGAAGAAUGGGGAUCAUGUUCGAACCCAAACACUUACUUUGAUUUUGAGGGUUUGAUUGAUCUUGAUGAUGACGACAACAUGUUCUCAAGUCGAUGGUUUGAUAUUCAACAACAAUGA